AGACGCGGACGCCAAAUAAACCCCAACGCCUACCCCCAUUCCGAUCCGAUUCCGCGAGGAACCAUCUUGUUCCUUGCAGAUAGAGAACAGAACAGAUCAUCCACACUCUCGCACACAGCUCUUUUACCUCCCUCCUCACAAAUCUGCUCUGUUUAAUCAAUCCAGCAAUGAUUAUAUUCUGUCUCCUAUAAAGUUGCAAAAGCCAAAGGAACAGAGGAACAGCUUCAUCAAAAUUCAAAUUCAAAAAUUAUCAGGAGCUGAUUCUUAUCAUGUGCUUUUAGUCUUUGAAUCUGGUAAGAAUUAGGAAAAACUAUGAUGUUUCUCCAAUAACUCAUCACGGAACAAUGUGAAUUACCUUUCAAGAUACAUUAGAGGUAUUUGCUUUCCAUGUAAAUAGUAGCAGCAGUUUAUCUUUUGGGUUACUGUAGCACCGAAUUUGAAGAUAUGAAGGGGCGGUCACAUCGUCUCCAGAGUCAUGACCUGCACGAGGACUGGGUGGAUGGCUCCUGGACGGUGGAUUGCAUCUGUGGUGUUAAUUUCGAUGAUGGGGAAGAGAUGGUUAAUUGCGAUGAGUGUGGUGUUUGGGUGCACACACGUUGCUCCCGGUACGUGAAGGGAGAUGAGUUAUUUACUUGUGAUAAAUGCAAAAAUAAGAGCAACAAGGGUGACAGUGAGGAGACCGAGGUUGCUCAAUUGCUGGUUGAAUUGCCUACCAAAACUAUCCGACUAGAGAGUAGUUAUGCAGUAAAUGGGCCCUCACGCAGGUCUUUUAGGCUUUGGACAGAUAUACCAAUGGAAGAGAGAGUACAUGUUCAGGGCAUUCCAGGUGGUGAUCCUGCAUUGUUUUCUGGGUUGUCUUCUGUUUUUACACCUGAGUUGUGGAAUUGCACUGGGUAUGUGCCUAAAAGGUUUAAUUUUCAGUAUAGGGAGUUCCCAUGCUGGGAUGAGAAGGAGUGUGGUGAUAGCAGAAAUGAGGAAGAUAAUGGAAAUACUGUUGAUAAAGGUGCAGGUGUUUUGUUUUCAUUGGCCAAGGAGAGCCCUACAGCAGCUUUUGUUGGCGUGAAGGGGAGAGGUGAGGAAGGCAUUUUUGAUACGAAACAGUACUCAAAAGGAAGGAAAAAUUGGGUGAAUGAGGACAGUGAGGUUAGGCAUUCACAGAUUGGGGUUAAAAAGGAGAGAAGCUUACUUCGGCCAGUUGUAAUACACUCAAAUAAACGAAAGAAAGAGGAUUUAGGAACAUCCAAAGAACAAAGUGGAAAGAAGAAGGCUAGAGCUGCAUGCAAGGAGGUGGAUGCAAAGAAAGAUUCUCACGUUUCUAGAACAGCAUUUACAUCCACCAGUGACGCAAAACCAUUGGAAUUUUAUGAAGACAGAGGUCCGAAGUCUAUCAAGAGUGAUGGCUGGAGUAUUAAGAACAAGAAACUGAGAGACUCCAUGAUUCAGGAACAUGAAUCAGAUUGUUAUGCUUCUGUGGGCAAUGGUGCAGAGAAGUCCAAGAACAGUGUGGCAGUGAUUGAGUGCUCCUCAGAAGCUUUAUCUACUGGCAUUUCUAGGCAUAAUUUUCCAACUGAAGUUGGACUGAAUGAAGGGAAAGUUAACCAUGAAAGUCUAGAAGCAUUUAAGAGUUCUCCCAAGUUAGAUAAUGUAGCUGCAUCGGUACAUGAACAAAGAGACGUUGGGACAAUCCCUGCAGAACAAGAGGGAGAUAAGAUGCCAAAUGGUAAUCUAGAUGAUACUAUAGAAGGUUCUGCUGGAAGUGAUGUUAAGCCUUCUACUGGUGAUCUGGCAACCACUGUUCCAGCAGUGGACAGUCAGAUUAAUUGGGAGCAUGGUAUGUACCUGAGUUCUAUGCAGCCUAAUUUUAAAGUAGAUGCAAAUGGUGAUAAUUCUAUGGUGAUCCUGAAUGGUCAUUCUUCAGUUGGUGAUGUGAAAGAUAUAGGGGUUUCUCAUGAUAACAUUACUGAAAAUUCAAAAAUGAAUAAUGCAGCAUUAAGUGUUUCACCAUCUGGUGACCACAAGGCUCAAGAGGUUGACGGAACUCCAGAAGCGAUCAGUGAUUGCCAUGCAGAUAAGGUGAAUGAAUUAACUAGUGAACCUUAUCAUAUUCAACAAGAAUUGGAGGUGUUUGAGGGUUUUUUCCCAUUGCAAAAAUGCCCGUCAGAACCUAAACUUGGUUCAACUUUUGGUGGAGGUGGAAUUAUCUCAAAUUUUGUAGCAGUACCCAGUAAGAAUAAAAUUGUUGUGUGUGUUCGAAAAUCAACUUCGACUUCAUCUGCUUUCAUGGUCUCCAAAUCCUCUGAUUGUGACAACUUUAGAUCUGUAGAUACUCUGGAUACUAAUCCUAAUACGAAGCAGCAAGUAAUAUCUGAGUGCAAUUAUAAUAUGAAGAAAGAUCGAGCUGCAUGUGAUGUUGUUAAGGUCAAGGAUGAAGACAAUCAGGAUGUGUCAAGAAGAACAGUAAAUGAGCAUCCGAAAUCCUCUGUGAAUUCUGCUUCAAAACCAUCAAACUCGAGCAAAAUUUCACAUACAUCUGUUAUCAAAAGAACGGUCUCUGAUUCAAAAGAUUCUGCACUUCACUCAUCUUCUAAAACAUCUUCACUCCAGAAUUCCUGUGAGACUACAGGAUUUCCCCAAAAUGAAUGUGCUUCACAGGCUCAAAAUAAGGCAUCGGCUUCAGGGUUACCUCUAAGAGGUGAAAAGUUUAAUCAUUGUAGCAGCCAGUCAUCAUCCAAGGCAAAUCAUGCAAUAUGUAUGAACCCUCCCCCUUCUAUUAAUUCUUCUGCAACUUUAAGUGAUGAAGAGCUUGCUUUGCUUCUGCACCAAGAACUCAAUAGUUCUCCUAGAGUUCCUCGUGUUCCUCGUGUUCGUCAUGCAGGCAGCUUACCUCAGUUGGCUUCUCCAACUGCAACAAGCCUGCUAAUAAAACGCACAUCUAGUUCUGGAGGAAGAGAUUCUAGUCUGGUUUCUAGAAGAAAGAAAAAGGACGCAUCUAAAGAUGGGUUUUCCCGUUCUCAUGAACCUGAUGAUGAGGCUAAAAAAUGGGGGAGGGUACCAUCUUCACCCGAUCAGAAGAGACAAGAUACAGGAUGUACAGUUGAUGAGUUGUCCAAGAGAGAGGAUAAUGGAUCUCCAAUAGCUGUACAUUCUGUCAAGAAAGGCAUCCCUCCUGCCUCCGCCUCAACAGCAAACAGUGGCCCAUCUUCCUCUAGUGAGUUUAAUGACCAUCAUUUGUCAUCUCUACGUAACUCACCAAGAAAUACAUCUGAUGAGGAGACGGGCACUGUUCUGGGUCCUGCUCAUCACACUUUACCAGGCUUAAUCAAUGAGAUUAUGAGCAAAGGCAGGCGCAUGACAUAUGAGGAACUCUGUAAUGCUGUCUUGCCGCACUGGCAUAACUUGAGGAAACAUAAUGGAGAACGUUAUGCAUAUUCAAGUCAUUCUCAGGCUGUUCUUGACUGCCUUAGGAACCGACACGAGUGGGCUCAGUUGGUGGAUCGCGGUCCCAAGACAAAUUCAAGUAGGAAGAGGCGAAAGCUUGAUGCUGAGGAAUCAGAAGAUAAUGACUGUGGCAAGGGAAGAAACGCAAGGGAAGGUGAAAGUAAAAGCCUUGAAUCACAAAGAGAUGAGUUUCCCAAGGGCAAACGGAAAGCAAGGAAACGAAGGCGUCUGGCACUGCAAGGAAGAGGAAUAAAAGAAAUUAGGAAGAGGCGGAAGGCAGAUUUGCUUACUGAUGAAGAUAGUGGGCCAUUUUCUAAUUCAAGUGAUGAGAGUUUGUUCAGUGAUGAUGAGAUUCCGGGUGGAGGAGCUGGGCCAGUUGGAACUGAGGCCUCAGCUAGCUCGGAUGAGACGGGGGCAAUGUAAUUUUUAAUAUUUGACUUUUUGGUUUAUGGUCUGUGUUUGUGAUUUCAGUAGGAAGCCAGGCUUCUCCUUUUUCUGCUGGGAAUCUGGAAUAGUUCUCUGUUACCAUAAGUUUUCACAACUCAUGGGAUUUUAGCAAGUUGACAAGUUGUGGCAUUCUCUGUUGUAUAAUCUUGGCUAAAAGAGUCCCUGUAGACUCAUUACCGUGUUAAGUCAGCCCUGUGAACCCAUGUAAUUAGUUGCAUAUUAUCGUUGACCAUCCUGAUGGUCAUUGGUGGUGAGCAGUUUUGCAGGCUGUGGCGUAUGGGGGCCAAGUUGUAAUAUUAGUGUACAUGUGUAAUUUUUGUACCAUUUUUGUAGAGAAAUAUAGUCAAUUAUCCAGUAGAAUUUGAAAAAUUUUAUAAAAACAGCAAGAUAUUGUUUUGCUUGUGUA